GUAUGCAAGCAAAGUUUCUCCUCUUUACCUUAUUUUAACCUUUUAUCACACACCUUUAACAUUGUAUGCCACACAUACACUUCCUUUUUGCUCAAACACACUACUACUACUUUGCUUUUGCUUCAAAUCAAUCCUCUCUUAAUUCCCUUUUCUCUUACAAUAAUUAAUCACUAAUUAAUUACAUUUUUAUGCAUUUCUUCACAUGAUUAAUGUAAUAGUUGUGAUCUGAACAAUGGAGAAUGUGAGUGAUGAUGUUGAAAGAGUAGUUGUAUCAAAGAUGGAACAGUAUGAAAUAAUUGAGCAGAUUGGUAGAGGAGCUUUUGGUACAGCAUAUCUUGUUCUUAAUAAAUUUGAUCCUAAGAAAAAAUAUGUGUUGAAAAAGAUUAAAUUAGCCAAGCAGACUGAGAGAUUCAAGCGAACUGCACACCAAGAGAUGAGUAUUAUAGCAAAGUUGAACAACCCUUAUGUUGUGGAAUAUAAGGAUGCAUGGGUUGAAAAGGAGUCUUAUGUGUGCAUUGUGACAAGCUACUGUGAAGGAGGAGACAUGACUGAGACGAUUAAGAAGUCAAGAGGAACAUAUUUUCCUGAGGAGAAACUCUGCAAAUGGCUGGCUCAGCUCUUAAUAGCCUUGGAUUACCUUCAUUCUAACCGAGUGUUACAUAGGGAUAUAAAGUGUUCCAACAUUUUUCUUACCAAGGAUCAAGAUAUCAGGCUAGGUGACUUUGGCCUUGCAAAACUGCUAAGCAAAGAUGAUCUUGCAUUUUCGAUUGUAGGCAGUCCAAACUACAUGUGUCCUGAACUUCUUGCUGAAUUGCCUUAUGGCUACAAGUCUGAUAUAUGGUCCUUAGGUUGCUGCAUGUUUGAAAUAGCUGCACAUCAACCUGCUUUUCGAGCACCAGAUAUUGCAGGGCUAGUGAACAAAAUUAACCGGUCCACUAUCUCCCCACUGCCAACUAUCUAUUCUCCCACACUGAAACGUUUGAUCAAGACCAUGCUGAGGAAGAACCCGGAACAUAGACCAACAGCUGCAGAGUUGUUAAGGAAUCCUCAUUUACAACCAUACCUCGCUCAAUGCCACACAUCUCCUAUCUACCUGCCAGUGAAAUCUGAAGUUCCUGCUAACCAAACUAAACCAAAUGUACCUCGCUUCACCAACAAGCCCAGCACUCCCAAUGUCAGAAAGAUUGUUAAGGCAAAACCACCAAUAGAUCUUCCUAGAGUUGCUCGAGUAACACCUAGGAAAUCAUUACUCAAGGCAGCAUCCUCUUUAGAUUCACUUGAAACUAAGGUUGAGACCAAAAGGGUUGAUCCAACAAGUUGUUCAGAACGAAUAUCCAAAGCCGAGGAAGGGCUUAAAGUCAUUUCAAACUACAUAGAACAACUCAAGGAUGCUGAACUAACAAAAAGUUUCUUCAACAUGUUGAGUUCAUACCACAAGUUUGAUCAUCAUAGUGAGACAGAAAAACUUGCUGUUGAGUACCUAACUCAGAUAUUGGAAAAAAUCAAGGGAAUUCCUGGCAAAACUGUGGACAAAGAAUCGAUAUCAAGAGCUAGUAGUGGUCUAACUACUUUGCCAGAGGAAGAAGGGAAGGUUGAGCUAUGUGCACACGUCGAGCAUAGAGCAGAAGCACUAGAAUCACUCCUAGAGUUAUGUGCUCGUUUACUUAAGCAGGAUAGAUUGGAUGAACUUGCAGGGAUACUAAAGCCAUUUGGUGAAGAACCGGUUUCGUCUAGAGAAACUGCCAUUUGGCUCACCAAAGGUUUGAUGAAUGCUGGAAAACAAGAAAUGGGAUCUUAGCUAUAUAUCUAGAAAUUUUGUUUGUUUUGUUCUUUGUAUAAUUGACAAUCUUGACUGAUACAUGUGUUUUCUUCCAUUUUUCUUUUGAUUUUGCAAAUUAACCAAAUGAUGAACUUUUGUUUUGUGUA